AUGCUAAAGUCUUCUUCCAAACUAAUCAUUUUUUGGUUCUUGUUCUUGUUCUUGACAUUGAGCAAUCAAUCAUUUUCAGCUAGAACUCUGAAUAACAAUCAUCAUCAUCAUGAACGCGAUGAAACGUCUUUUUACAUGCUAGAUGUUCUUAGUCUAGAACACCCUUCAUCAAGACCUGCAUCAACAAGAGUAAAUAGUCAUCAUCAUCAUCAACUUCCCUUCUCGAAACCAUUAGGCUAUUUCCCUCCGUUAGGAGGCAUUCCCUUGACCGACACAAACACAAAUGUUGGAAUGAACGGAUUGCAUACUCACACGCUUGAUCUGGAAGGAAUCAGCAUGACGUUCCCAGCUAUAGCUACACUGCAAGAAUUAGAACUAGGGACAGUAAUAACAAUCGAUGAGGACAUAUACAAAGGUUCUAUUUACGGUUCAUCUUUGAUGGGAAAAGCUCAAGGAAUGUAUGUAGCAAGUUCAGAAGACGGUAGCAGUCAUAUGAUGGCGAUGACUACUACUUUUCUUGGUAAUGAGUAUGAAGAUAGUCUAAGGUUUUUCGGGGUGCAUAAGGGCGAUGUUUUUGAAUCACAUAUAGCAGUAAUAGGAGGUACCGGAAAGUAUCAUGAUGCAAAUGGCUAUGCUACUGUCAAGAUUGUCAAUGUAACAUCUAACAAAAAUGAAGAAGCAUACAAGAUUCUUUCAUUCAAUGUUUAUCUUGGUUAA